AUGAAUGAAGAGAAAUUUUAUUUAAAUACCAGCAAUGACUCAAUUACUCUUGAUUACAAUGAGCUAUCUGAAGGGAAAUUUAUUGCUAGUAUGAAAGAUUACCUAGGUUAUAUUAUGGAAAUUUCCUCUCCGCUUUCUAACUCUGAAGUUUAUUUAUCAAAAAUAGUUGAGAAAUUAGAAAAAAAUCCUCCUGCCUCCUUUUCCUUAGAAAAAGAAAAAACAAUUAAAGGGUGGAAAGAAUUUUCGUUGGUGAGUUAUACUAAAAAGGAAAAGGAUAAUAAUGGUGAAAGGGAAACCAAAGUUGAAGGUUUAUUUGAAUUAGAAGAAGCUAAUUUAACAAAUUUCCAUACAAAAAAAGAAAAAAAAGAGAAAAUUUUUCGUAAAAAUGAAAAAUACUUCCCCCUGAUUUCCACUAGUAAAGUAAAUAAUGCAGUUUUGGUGGAUUUUUCUGACAACCUAUUGACUUUUAUCGAAGUUAUGCUGAAGCAGGCAAUGUUUGAUUACGGUGCUCGCCAAUUAGACGACAACAAUAUCAAAGGACUAAAAGUGAAGUUGCCAGUUGUUCAAAGAAAUGAUGGAGAUAAAGAUGAACCUGAUUGA